AUGCAAGUCAAGGCUAUUCUCCAGGAACUGGAUUCCGGGAUCUUGGAGGAUAUAGCAUGUUUCAUCAACACGGCAUCCCCUGAAACAUAUAGCGGCCGUAUUCCCACGGCUUUGGUUACAAUUGGAUCCAAUGUAACCGCCCUGACCAGGCUCCUUGGCAGGCUUCAUCUUCGUCUGGUUGAGGAAAAGAAAGGCGAAGUAGUCUUGCUGGAGUCUGGAGACGCGCCCAACCUGAAGACAGUCCUGAAGAAUAUCAUUAGAACUGCCGUCACCAAUACAGAAGGCAAUGAAGGCUACCAGAAGCUCUUCACAGACAGCACCGUUAAGGGACCUCGACUUCUCCCAUAUGAUCUGAACCUAUUGCAAGAAUACGUCAAACAUCGCGGUGUUAAGAAACUGGUCUUAGCCUUCCGUGAUAGCGAGGCCUUCGACCAAGGUGUCCUAAAUGAUCUCCUUUCAUUAAUUAGUUCCUGGCUUGAUCGGAUACCUUUCACUUUGCUGUUUGGCAUUUCAACCUCCAUCGAGUUGUUUGAAGGGAGGCUUCCGCGAUCCAUAGUAGCGUUGCUGGAAGGCAGAUGUUUUGAAAUCCAUGACGCCGGGGAUUCAGUCGAUCGAAUUUACAACUCGGUGCAGACAAGCCAGAAUGUGAAGCUCUGGAUCGGCCCGCACCUGAGUUCUUUUUUCUUUGAGAGAGCAAGGGACUACUUUCAAAGCCCCGAGGGAUUUAUUAGAGAAGUCAAGUAUGCGUACAUGUCGCAUUUCUUUGCAAAUCCUUUGAGCGUCUUUCUCUCAGAUGACAUCUCUGCUACUUUACAGCAGACAGAAUUGUGUGAGGCAAUUCGGAAUUUGCCUUCUUUCCGCAGAUUUUGCGAGAGUUUGCUCGAUGCUGGGAAUUCCGAGUACGUGCGCAAUUUGCUAAGUGACGAUAAAUUCCUCUUCGAUGAGGUGAUGAAGAAUCUGGAAACCUGCCUGUACAAGAUGGGAAGCCUAUUUCGUACUGUCAAAACCAUUUUGACUAUUCAACGAGUUUUGAAACUUCCCAGAGUGAGCAGCGCUACAGAGCUCACCCUUCAGGCGGUUGCUGGGGAAUUACGGAAUUCAUCAAUGGUCCAAGACGUUCUUGUCGCGAUGAAAAAACUGGACUCGGAAGGUCUUUCGACGUUCUUGACUGCCCUGCAGAGUUGCGAAGGAAAUGUGCCUGAUUUUCAAGGGUAUCAAGAGGAACUAGCUGUCCUUGUGAAAUCCCAAGGGUCAGCGGGACCGCUGCGAAGCAAGUAUGAUGACCAGAACGCCACCGUAAAGACAACCAUUUUCGAACAGCGGGUCAAUCUAAGCAGAACCCAGACACAGUUGUCGGAGCAAGACACCCAGUACACUAAGUUGGUUGAGAGGUGUUACGAGGCUCUGGAUGAAUAUCUGGCACAGAACUUAAUUAACCCACAGGAACUGUUUCUGAACGAGAUUUUCGUCUUUGACCUGAAGAAGCCUCUCAAGGAUACAUUUGUGCCAAGAGCCCGUUUCGCUAUCGAGCGGGCGUUGUCUAGUCCAUUCGACUAUUUGAUCUCAGCAUCCGACAAAGUCGAGGGGCACCUCUCUGCACGACAGCCAGAGACAGCCAUCCUUUAUCAGUUGUACCUCGAAUCUGGGUCUCUGGUGAAUAUCUAUGACCUGUGGAGGGCCUUCUAUACAAUUACAGGCGGCGAAGAAGGAGAGUCAUGCGAUGAGCGUUCGGCAUUGAUGCUCUUUUAUCGAGCGUUGUCCGAACUGAAAGCUUUGGGAAUGGUGAAAGGCAGCCGCAAGAAGAUUGACCACGUGAGCAAAUCGGCUUGGAGAGGGCUUUGA